CUGCAUUCUAGGCAACCAGUAAUUUCAAAUGUUUUAUCGCUUUUUGUAGCAUCAUGUGAACAAGAUGAUGUAGGGGUGAGCUGGUACAUUCUCGACAAUCAGUUAAAUGCUUCCUCUGAACUGAAUGCCAGCACACCAGCAAAGAACGGUAGACUGAACUUCGUAGCGGGAUCAUCAUGGUGUGCGUCCACAAGUGACAGUAGUCCAUAUCUACAGAUUGACUUACAGAUUCCAUAUAUCAUCUGUGCUGUAUCCACUCAGGGGAAUUCCCAGGGGAGUCAGUGGGUGGAGUCUUACACCCUACAGUCAUCUACAGAUGGGACAACUUGGACAGACUAUAAAGAAAAUGGACAAGUUAAGGUAGUUGAAGUUAAAGGGUGCAUAUAUUAA